AUGGGAAAUCUGUUUCGCAAACAAGGUGUACUCUACAAAACAUUAACAGACGAACUUCUUGCUCAUUGUCGAACAAUUACAAAUUUUACUGAUCAAGAGAUUCACGAUGAAUACACGAAGUUUUUCUCCGUGACUGAUGAUGGUCGGUUGAAGAAAUCGCAAAUGGAAAUCUUGUUGGGAGAAUAUUUACCCCCGACGAAGAAGAAACAUUCGAAAUAUUUAACCGAUUGCGUCUUCUCGGCGAUCGAUACGAACAAUGAUGGAUAUAUUGACUUCUUAGAAUAUUUAAUGAGUAUAAAAUUUUUUCAAUCCGAAUCACCAAUUGAAAAAGCGGAUUUCAUCUUUCGUAUUAUCGAUAAAAACGGCGAUCAUCAUGUGACGCAAAAGGAACUCGCUCGGAUAUUAAAAUGUUUGCAAGAUUAUCAUCGGUCAUUAUCAAGUGUUUAUGUACAAGACGUUCUAAGCGAAGGUCCGAAACCAGCUGCUAGUGCAAUCGUGGAAAAAUUAGAUGAAGACAAAUCCGGCGUUAUAAAUGUCUCGGAAUUUGUCGAUGCUUGGCUCAAAGAUGAAUCUAUUCGAGCUUUAUUCACAUUCUAA